CUCUCUCUUUCUCUCUCUCUCUCUCUCUUUCUCUCUGGUAUGGUGAUAUGGGUUAAAAGCAAGUGAAAAGCUGGGUUUUGGUUCUAAGCACUUACAAGGCUUUUGAUUUUUCCUUCUCACAAGAGGAGCUUAUAAGACCCGAUCAUGUUCUUCCCACCCACCACCACAGCCCCAAGUCUGGCAUUGGCUUCUCUCGUUUGUUGAAGGAAGAAACAGGUCUUCUAAGUCCUUAUCAUGGCUCUAGAAGCAAUUACAUCUCGUUACCUCUCCAACUUCAACACCAACGAACUCUCUUCCUCCUCCUCUUCGUUUGUCGUCGGUCAUGAAACCCAUGAAACACAAGAAGUAAUUGGUUUCUGCUUAAAGGGGAAAGAAGCAGGCAGCUUCCCUGCUUUCCCACAUUUUCCAUCAUACGACUUGCCUUCCUACUCAUCUUCUGCUGCUUUGUGCCAAUCUUCUUCUGCCUUGGCCUCUUCCUUCGGUCCCAUGGAUGCCAACGAUCAACAAAGGCUGGAGGGCCUGUCUGCAGAGAACCAGAAGAAACGAAGACGGUCCCGGAGCUCAAAGAACAGACAGGAUCUGGAGACUCAGAGGAUGACGCACAUCACCGUGGAGCGCAACCGCAGGAGGCAGAUGAAUGAACAUCUCGCCAUGCUACGUUCUCUCAUGCCUGAGUCUUACAUUCAGAGGGGAGACCAGGCUUCCAUCGUAGGUGGUGCUAUUGAUUUUGUGAAGGAGUUGGAGCAGUUGGUCCAGUCUCUAGAGGUAGAAAAGAGAGAGAGCGACAAGACGAGGGCCAACCUCUCACAGACGCCCUUCUCCAGAUUCUUUACAUGCCCACAGUACGCGUUCACCAGCAGGGUGUCUAAAGAUCCCUCGCCGGAGAACCCGCGGGCCUUGGCCGACAUCGAAGUCACCAUGUCUGAGACACAUGCCAACCUCAAGGUCCUGUCCCUCAGGAGGCCCAAGCAGCUCCUGCAAAUGGUGGCUGGGUUGCAGAGCCUCCAUCUCACAGUUCUUCACCUCAAUGUUACCACCAUGGACCCCUUUGUGCUCUACACCUUUAGUACAAAGGUUGAAGAAGAAUGCAAGCUGAGCAGUGUAGAGGACAUCGCUGCAGCUACUUAUCAGUUGUUGAUAAUAAUCCACGAAGAGGCGGCCAUGUCUGGCUUGGACCCCAAACUGGAAAAAUAUUCUUGAUCUGCCUCCACCCACCCCAUUCUAGCUACCCAAAAUGAUCAUAUGUCUCUACCCCUGUCUGCUGAUUCUGUAAUUUUUUUUUUCUUUCGUUCAUCAGUAUAUAUAUUUAUACCAUGUGAUCUGAUGUCUUAUAACGCUUCGGUGGGACGUGCCAUUUCUAUUCUUCAUCAA